GUCGUUGAAGCCCAAACUGCCGGAUCUGCGAGACGACAUUCAUAGAGUUCACGGAUUUGAUAUACCUAUUGUCACUGUUUUUAUAUAACAGUGUUCGCUGACAGGUCGCGCCCCUACCUACCGUUGUUGCCACUAAUUCGCGCUUUUGAGACGAGCGGUAGCAGAGACAUAAGAAUCUCUUCAUAUUUCACCGAUUGACUGGUGGCAAUAUGCUGUGUUUCGCCCUCACACGGUCAACACAAAAACUGGGAGGGCGGCUUGGCCGGCGGCAGACCGGUGUUGCUCAACAGUCACGUGCCUACCUGAGGCGGGCUGGUUGGUCGCGGCGCCGCCAGUCGUCGCGCGCGUCGCCGCCCCGGGCACCGGCCGGCGAGAGGCCGGGCGCCGGCGAAACCGGCCGGCGCGGCGGCCGCACUGUGCCGACGCGAUGGCCGCGAUGAGGGUGGUGCUGACGGUGCUGGUGACGGCGGCGGCGGCGGCCGCGCGGCCCCAGGAGGCCGACCAGCCGCCGGCUGUCGAGGUGCAGCCCAAAGAGCUGGCCGGCGACCAGAGCACCUAUCAGGUGGUGCCGGCCGAGGCCGAACAGGACCUGGAGACGAGUGCGCGCGCGCUGCUCGACCUGCUGGAGCCGCAGAGCCAGCAGCAAGCGCAGAAACAGGCGCUGGCCGAGUGGGCGUACGCCUCCAACAUCACCGCCGAGAAUGAGCAGGCCAUGUUGGCGUCCCGGCUCGAGUACGCCCGGUUCGAGAAGGAUCGCUGGAAGCAGGUGACCCAAGUCGACUGGAAAUCCAUCAAGGACGAGAAUGUCAAGCGCCAAUUCAAGGUGCUCUCCAAGCUGGGCACGGCUGCCCUGCCAGAGGACAGGUUGGAGAAGUACGACCAGUUGCAGAGUGGCAUGGAGCGGACGUACAGCACGGCCAGGGUGUGCAACCUGAACGGCACCAGCUGCGACCUCAGCCUCGAGCCCGAUCUGUCGGAGAUCAUGGCCAACAGCCGCGAUCCCGAGGAGCUGGAGCACGUCUGGCUCGCCUGGAGAGAAAACACCGGCAAGAAGAUGCGCAACUCGUACAAGGAGUUUGUGGAACUCAUCAACGAGGCGGCUGAGCUAAACGGGUUCUCGGACGGCACCGAGCUGUGGCUGGACGUGUACGACACCGCCGACUUCCAGUCGCAGAUCGCGCGCCUCUGGGACCAGCUGACGCCCCUGUACGAGCAGCUGCACGCGUACGUGCGCGGCCGGCUGCGCCAGCACUACGGCGAGGAGGUGGUCAGCAGGGACGGCCCCAUCCCGGCGCACCUGCUCGGGAACAUGUGGUCUCAGUCCUGGGGCAAUCUGCUCGAUAUCUGCAAACCGUACCCAGAGAAGGCCAGCGUUGACGUAACACCGCAGAUGAAAGCGCAGGGCUACACGCCGCUGAAGAUGUUCCAGAUGUCAGACGAGUUUUUCACCUCGCUCGGUCUGAUCCCGAUGACGCCCGAGUUCUGGAACAGAUCCAUCCUGGAGAAGCCCGACGACGGCCGCGAGCUGGUCUGCCACGCGUCCGCCUGGGACUUCUACGACGGAAAGGAUGUCCGGAUAAAACAGUGCACGGUGGUCACUCUGGAGGACCUGAUCACAGCCCACCACGAAAUGGGGCACAUUGAGUACUUCCUCCAGUACGCUGGACAACCUCAGAUCUUCAAAACGGGUGCCAACCCAGGUUUCCAUGAGGCCGUCGGAGACACGCUGGCCCUGUCGGUGGCCACGCCUAAACACCUGAAGAAGAUCGGACUCCUGGAAGAGGUCAUCAACGAUCCCGAGGUGGACAUGAACUUCCUGAUGUCGGUGGCGCUGGACAAGAUCGCCUUCCUGCCGUUCGGCUACGUGAUGGACAAGUGGCGGUGGGGCGUGUUCUCGGGCGACAUCUCCGAGGACGACCUCAACUGCGAGUGGUGGAAGCUGCGACUGGGCCUGCAGGGCAUCGAGCCGCCGCAGGUGCGCUCCGAGAUGGACUUUGACCCGGGCGCCAAGUACCACAUCCCCGGCAACGUGCCCUACAUCAGAUACUUCGUGUCGUUCAUCAUCCAGUUCCAGUUCCACAAGGCACUGUGUAUCACGGCCAACCAGUACGACCCCAACGACCGGGCGCGGCCGUUGCACCAGUGCGACAUCUACAACAACAAGGAGGCCGGCAAAAAACUGGCUAAAAUGCUGUCGAUGGGCGCGUCGAAGCCGUGGCCGGACGCGAUGGAGGCCAUCACGGGACAGCGCGAGAUGGACGCCACGGCGCUGCGCGACUACUUCCAGCCCCUGGAGGACUGGCUGAAGCGUGAGAACCAGGAGAACCAGGAGAUCAUCGGCUGGAAGACCGAUGAGCCGGUAUGCACACGCGAGCCGCAGCCCAUCAGCACCCGAGGCGGCGGCGACCACGCGGACGAUGACGACGACGACGACGACGACGACGACAACGGGGUGUCGGCGGCCGCGCCGCUGUCGACGCUGUUGCUGCUGGCGGCGGCCGCGACGGCGCUGUUCCGCUGAGCGCGCGCGGCGCUCAGGGACGCGCCUUUGGACCUGCGGGGGAUACGGGGGCGGUCUCCGACGGCCGGCCUGCCGUGGUCACGGUGAUCCAGGAGUCCUGCGAUGGUUCGUGAAACCAAUAAACAGUCAGCAAGUACGAUAAGGUCCGUCUGGUCAAUGUGGUUGCCGUGAUGUUCUGGCUCUUAUAUGUCAUGACGUGCAAUGAUCAUGUGACUAAGUGGCUUCUGGGGACCGAACUGACGCCCACAUUCCCCCCGGCUAUCCGAAGACCUCGGAUGGCCGAUGAAGCCUACGAGCUGAAGCAGUGAUGCCUUUUACAGACAGACACAUAUCUUUCAGUCCGUCCUAUCAUCAGCUGUGUCGCUGUGUUACUCAGAAUGGUGAAGGUGUUCUUGUUUUGGGUACUUUUCGCGUUGUGAGAAACAAGACAAGCUCUUGGAUGCUAGUAUGUAUUGUAGGAUUCGUAUUAGAUGAUAGUUUCGACCAACCAUCAAAACUGCGACUGUCUAGAUCCGAUGACGGAUGGUUGAACUCGUUUUAGCACGAUAAAUCGUUGCACAGUUGCGUCUAUUGGCACACACAAGGAAGGUUUUGCCGUUGAACGGUUAACAUAUGAUGGUAUAAGCACCCCAGCGGUACCCGUGUGUACCUACCCCAGCAGCAUGGUGGACAGGAUACAAGAUAACAAGAUGUGUUAGAUCAUCGUGAUCGUGUUUAUAUUUGCCAAGAGCCUGUAGGUGCGAAAAACAGCCUUAUGUAACUAGACGAAAUAGUGCCGAUACUUUGUGCCAUUUGCUUUGAAUUGGAAAUAAGGAUGGACACAGGACAACUCCAGAGCUAUGGCUUCUGCGUGAAUGUACUGUAUACAUAUGUACCAUGGUUAGAAUACAGGAAUAAAAUAUAUAAAUAUUGA